UUGGCUCAGCCCGGCCAGCCCCGGCGCCGACAGCUUCCCACGGCACAUGUCCACAGCCCCGCGAGCUGCAGGCCUGGCACGCUCGCGAUGUGUGCGCUCGCGAUGUGCCCUGCGUGCUGCCGUGUUGGCCGCCACGAUCCUGCAGGUGCCCGGCAUCGGCGCCAGUGAUUCCAACGUUAUUGUCAACGGCAGCGCCCUGCUGGACAACACGACGGAGAACGGCAGCUUUACCAUCGACGCUAGUGAUUCCAACGUCAGUGUCAACGGCAGCGCCCUGCUGGACAACACGACGGAGAACGGCAGCUUUACCAUCGACGCUAGUGAUUCCAACGUUAGUGUCAACGGCAGCGCCCUGCUGGGCAACACGACGGAGAACGGCAGCACUACCAGCACGUUGACGAGCACGGCAAAUGUGUCGUUUUGGCGCCAGAGGCCCUCCGCUGUUUUCUGCACUUACGACUGCAGCGCUGCUGGGCCCACACGGCGCCCGUCGCACCCUGGCAGAUGCUUGUGGUCCCAAGAGGUGUACAAGACUCAGGACAGCUGGCUCACGAUGAGCAUGCGAGAAAACUCGACCGGAGGGGAGCUGGAUGCUGCUUGGACCGAGUACGCCAGAGGCAGCAUGACUUGGGAGGCCUGGUUCCGUGUGACGGAGCUUCCCUCGCAGGGACGCGCCAUGCUGCUGGGCACCUACGGCUCGAAUCACGACACCAACAUGUUCCACACAGACAUCGACACCUACAGCGUGGACCAGGCCAACGUGGAGGGCAGUUCGCGGCGCCGCUACGGGGCGGUCUGGCUCGACGCGGCCGGCCGGGUCCACCUGGACACCAACGUGGGGUCCUCGACAGGCACCGUCUAUGGCCCCUCGAACAUCUCGAUGGGGGACGAGGAUCAGGGGAAUUGGCAUCACGUGGCCGCUGUUUGGAACACAUCGGGCGGCGUGCAGCUGACAGUCGUUAUGAUCGCCACAAACGUCAACUGGGACAACAUGGGAAACAAUAUGGUUAAGCUGGUCGCCGCCGAGGAAAACAUCCGCGCGACGAUGCUUGAUGCUUUGGGCAGGUGGGGUGUCGUCACAGAUGGCAUAUUUCUGUACUUGGAAGCCGAUCCCGAUUCAACAGCACUUUACCGCACCAGCAUCACCAUCACCGUGAAUUGCCCCACGACGCACUAUUCCGAGAUAAAGGAGGCCCUUUCCGGCAGGGUGGAGCUCAGCGCCGCCGUUGCAGCAGGACUGGAGAACGUCGACGGCAUCAAGCCUGGCGGCUCCAUAGACCCUAUCGUCAUCCCGGUCGAGACGAUCACCUUCCCCAGCGAGACAGAGGUCGGUUCCGCCACGCUGUUCCUGGACGGCGUCGAGGGGAGCGGGUCGAUCACCUUCUCGCUGCAGCUGCACCUGGGAGGCACCGACUUCAUCACCGACGACAUCGGGAUGGACGGGCAGCUGCUGGCGGGAGGCGGCAGCCUCGGCCAGGCGCUGGGCUGCGAAGCAGCGCGCCUCCGACUCUGGAGCGAGCCGUUGAGCCAGGGCCAGCUGUUCCAGGUGCGGCAGUGCAAUCCUCGACGGAAGAAAAGCUUGGAGCACGUCGUCGGGGGCAGCUCGCCGUUCGGCCUCUGGGCCUCGUGGGCGCUGAACGGCGACUAUGCCGAGGGCAGCGGGUCGCAGCGCUCCCUGGGCCUGCACGGCUCUCCCGGCGCGUUCGCCAACGACAGCCUGUGCGGGCACGGCAGCUGCCCCCACGCCUCGGCGGAGGGCUGCCCGCUGAGGCGGCGGCUCCCCUUCGACGACGCCGCGAAGUGCGAGGAUCGGGUAUAGCCAGGACCCCAGUACGCGUCCUUCCGCCUCUGCCGGGCCUCGGGCGCCGCGCGCGGCCGCCCGCCGCACAGCUACCGCGACGGGUGCCACGCGGGCGGCAGGAGAGCCAGUACCCCGUCUGACCCUUCGGGCGCGCCGGCCCGUCCUCGGUGGCGCCGACGCCGAGGGGGGCCGCGGGGCGUCCCGGCGCGGCACGCCCCCGCCGCGCGCCCCCGUGCGUGCCAACGCGGGUCCGAGGUGCCGAA